AUGGCGCGUUGCAAACCCGAGGGCGGGUACGAGAAUCCGGCCAUAGGCCUUUGGGCUGUCGGAUGCACCAUGCAGAUCGUGUCUUCGUUGAUCCUUUUUAUCUUAGCGUCUGCACUAACUGUGACAAAGGACAUGGCUGGCGCAGCAGCGAAGCCAGAAGUAACGCUGAUGGAGACGACUGUGUUUAUGGGUCUCGGUGCCGCGGAGCUGGUAACGACCCUUCAUCUGAUGGUAGUCGUAAUAAUGGGGUACUUUGUUUCGAAGUGGUUUCUCGUCUUGUCUGCGUUUGUCGGCUUCCUUGUUGAGGCUGCUGCAAUAGCUAGUUCCAUCAUCUGUGGCAUAAUUUUGACAGAAGUGGCAAAUAAACAAGCGGAAGCCCUCGACUACGUGCGCGCCGGUGGAACUGCAACGCCUGUUCCAGUUCUUGACUACUCUGGUGAAUUUGGUACGGCCUACCAAGGAAUGAUUGUUGCUGUUGGUGUUCUAAGCCUCGCAUCUCUUGUUCCGUUGUCACGGGCUCAGUCGAUGACCCCGAACACACGCGCCAUGGAGGCCAUGGUUUUCGUGUUCGGUAUGACUCUAUGUUCGCUUGCAGCAUGCGUAUUUCUUCUUCAGAGCCAGGCAAUGGCAUCCGUGAGGACUCUUGGAAUUCUUUGGCUCGUUGCUUCCGUUGUUGCUCUGACGUUCGUCUCUAUGCAGAAGGCCUGCUUGCCUCGGAUCAUGUCCAUUCUUCUCGCAGUUGUGUGUGUGCUCAUCAGCGUCUACGCCAUUGCAUCAGCAUUUGUGUGCGCGCAUGAGUUUCUGAAGCAGAAGAAGCUUUCCGUCACGGCCUCAGGGAUAUCACCGUCUCAGAUAUCGAAAUGGAUUCAGAGCCUCUCGGACGACGACUACGCAACCCUCUUGCGGGGCUAUUCAACUUUGGACGGUGUGUAUUUCGUUAUUGUGUCAUGCAUAAGUGGUGCCACUGUUAUCUUUAUUCUUGCUGGGGCCAUGGCAGCGUUACGAAGCAUCUGUGGACCGUCGAGGGCAGAAAAGAUCAUGUCUAGGGAAAGUGCGGAAGAAGCGAUUGAGGCCCGGGAAGAGCACACUCCGAAUCCGUGA